AUGCUCCGACUUUCGACCCGAAUCGUUCCCGUCUCCCGUCCCUCCUCGACCAUCGCCAGGAUGACGGCGACCCAUCGGUUACUACCGAUGUUUACGCUAGCACCUCUGCAACAGACACUGGUCCGGACAGCGUUGCUGCACUCGUCGGCUCAAUCACGCCUCGAUACGGAGCGCUCAACGACCUCCACUUCAUCCUCGUCAUCCUACCCACCACCCACCUCGUCCUCCCGGAGGUGGAACGCCUCCUCCACCACGACCGAACCCCCGAUACCGACCCCUCCUAAGCCUCCCACCCCACCCCCCGUCGAUGCGCGUCUCACCAGACGUCGCAUCACCUCCGUCACCGAAUUGCCCAAAUCGUUCGGGCGCAACCAGAUCAUCGCCGUCUCGGACGAGGUCAAGAUGGAAUUGGAGGAAAUUCUAGCCGAUUUCAAGGCGCCCGUACGCUUUGCAUUCGCUUAUGGUUCGGGCGUGUUCAGGCAAAAGGGUUAUGCGGCGAGUGUGGGUCAACUUUCGCUGCGAGACUUGAAGACAAAUUCGGAGGGAAAGGAAAACGCUGACUGUUUUGAUGAGCUUGGCCCACAGGAGCAACCCAUGUUGGACUUUGUCUUUGCCGUCUCGCACCCCUCGCAUUGGCACGCGAUCAACAUGGCCCAGAACCCACACCAUUACUCGAUGCCGAUGCGCCUCUUGGGCUCGGACGCUGUCGCGUGGAUGCAGGAUAAAGGGUUGGGCGCGAACGUGUGGUUCAAUGUCGAUGUGCAGAUCAAGGGAAAGGUGAGACCCAUGGGGUGCUGUGAUACUGUGUUCGGAAACGAAACGCUCAUUGAAAUUCGUGGCUCGGUUUUGCAGACGCUCAAGUACGGCGUCAUCUCGAUCGAUGCGCUGUGUCGGGACAUGCUCGAUUGGGAAACGCUCUACGUUAGUGGGAGGACGCAGAAACCUGUAAGUAGAGAAAACAAAAGCUCUCGCGGAAAGCUAGUAGAGAGGCGAUCUGACGCGGCCUCGAUUCCGCAUUUACAGGUCCGCAUCCUCAAGGACGACGCUCGGGUCCGUCUCGCGAACCAAGUCAACCUCGCUUCGGCCCUACGUACAGCCCUCCUCCGCCUCCCCGAAGAUUUCACCGAAGUCGAACUGUUCGAAGAGAUCGCCGGUCUUUCUUACCGCGGCGACUUCCGUAUGAAAGUCGGGGAGAACCCUCUCAAAGUACGCAACAUCGUCGCUGCGCAACUCGACGCCUUCCGAUCGUUGUAUGGAGGGUUGUUGAAGAGUUUCUGGAAAUCGGUUCAUGUGAUUGGGGAGAGACCGGGCGAGUUGGGGGAGGUGAGGUUGAUGAGGCAGGAUCGGAGUGCGGAACAGAGGGCCACGACGGCGAGCAAGUUGCCUAUCGGGUUGAAGGGGAAAGUCAUGGCGCAUUAUGAGAGGAAAUGGAAUCUCAAGAAGGCUUUGGUCGCUUCUAAGGGGGGUGCAGGGGAGGGGGAAAAGGCGGGAACGGUAGGGAAGGCUUUGAGUGAGGAAGAGUUGAGGGGGCAGAAGGAAGGGAGCGAGAAGGCCUUGUGGGAACGCAUCGUGCAGGACGACGAGUUUGACGUCAUGCUUGAUAAGAGUGAGUUCCAGAUAAUCUCUUUUCGCGAUCGUGUUGAUGCUAAUGGUUGAUCAAUUUCGGCUGUUCUCGAAGGUCUCGCCCAAAUUGUGGGCCGACCGACGUUCAACCAAUCGUUGAAAGGCAUCCUUUCCGCCGGACCGGUCAAGUCAUUGCGAUACGUGAGUAUUCACCAUCCGUUCGUGCGCGCCUGAGGUCUAGAGAACUGAACGUGACCUUCUUUAAUCACGAAUAGAUUGGCCCUAAGUUGAAGAAGAAGUGGAGCAAAUCCACGUCGUCGAGUUUGCCCGCCCCCGUCGAGCAAGCGACCAAGCCAUGA